AUGGGGUCGGCUCUGGACUUAUCGGCUGCCCAUUCGUUAACAUUAAAUACUCGUCGUCCCGCGGCUCCCACACUCCCCAGCUUUGAGUUGCCUCCGCCACCAUUUACCCUGGCGGCCACCACCAACGCCAACGCCAACGCCCAUAACGCCCAUUACUCCACCAAUAUUCACCAGAAUCAACCCGCAGGGAAGUGGUCCUCGAUACCCUCCAAUCUGCAUCAUAAUCAACACAAUCUACCCCCGGCUUCGCAUCCUCCCGCCAAUGUGAGUGUGGGCAACCUGCUGACACCCCCGGCCACAAACCAGUCUGGCGAGACCGCCGUGUCCCACUCACUUGCCCCAGUCUCGUCGUCCGAUCUGCCGCCGACCUAUUGGCCCAGCACGCCAUACGGUGCUCAAGGGACGGGCACGGCGGGUGCAGGAGGGGCCAGUGCCGUCUCGUGGUCUGGGAUCAACCCGGCCUACUCACAACGCAACUCCUACUCGCCGUCUGGGAUGGUGGGUCGUUCGGCCAUCGCGAUGGCUCCCGUUUCCGCGGAUGGGCUGUCGCAGCCAUUCGAGACACCCUCGUUGACUUUCCCACAGGCUUUGCCCGCUCCCCCGUCUUCCAUGGCUCUCUAUCAAGGUCACGGCCACGGCCACGGCCACGGCCACGCGACCUCGCCCGCCCCGUUGCCAUCCAACGACCCCUAUGGCACCCCGAAAGGACCUCCCAUGUACGGUACAUCACCCCAUAUGCCCAGUCCGCAUCAAACUGGCUUCUCCCCGAUGUAUGGCGGCCCCCACGCCAUGAGCCCCGCCGGUUUGGGCAUUCAUCCACAGGCGCGCAUGUCUGCGCAAAGUCCUGGCGGCCAACCACCCCUCGCCUAUCCGCGCCAACCGUGGCCGUCGUACUCGCUCCCCGCCAUGAAUGGUCCCGUCAUGACCAAUGUCCAUAGUCCCAACAGCCCCAUGUCGAUGAUGGGCGGCAUGCAACCUGGGUUGCUGCCGGGUUUCAACAGCGGACAUGUCGCCAGUGCGCAGCAUCUCUAUGGGGGUCAUCCGCCACCUCAUGGCAUGCCCGCCCCCGCGGCCGAUCGUCCAUUCAAAUGCGACCAAUGCCCUCAGAGCUUCAAUCGAAACCAUGAUCUCAAGCGGCAUAAGCGAAUUCAUCUGGCCGUCAAGCCUUUCCCAUGCUCGCACUGCGAUAAGAGUUUCUCCAGAAAGGAUGCCCUCAAGAGGCACAUUCUAGUCAAGGGCUGCGGCAAGGACGGCGACUCAGAUUCGACCAACCACAACCCCGAUCUCAAAGGAGAAGGUCACAGCGAAGACGGCAGUCCCAUCCUCAACGGGCGGGUCUAG